AUGUUUAGGAAUCUGACAAGUGAAAAUGUAGAUGACUUCUUUAGACCUACAAAGCCAAGGUCGAAAACCUUGUGGGACGUUGAUAUUUUUUACACUCCACAAAGAAGCAUUAUAAGACAAGAUUCACUUGAGCUUGAAGAUAAGCGGUGUGAGUACUAUAUAAACAAAGUAUCAACAAAUGGCUAUCGUCAAUAUAACUCAACCACCGAUUCUCUUCCAAUUCCUAAAGGUGAUUCUCCUUAUGCACUUGCCAAGCGGGCUGAAUAUGUCUAUAAAGAUCUUUCUCAGGCUAAACUUUUGUAUCAACAAGCUAUAGACAUGGGGCACAGAGCGGAAAGCGCUAUAAAAGACUUGGCAAGUAUUUUACAUCAAGAAAAGAAGACAAAGGAAGCUUGUGAGUUGCUGAUGAAAUAUUCACAUAUUUUUACAGACCAAGCGAAGUUUAGGAAUUUAUUAAAUUAAAAAAAAUAAAAUUGUUUAUAAUAGAGGACAAUAUCUUAUUUUUUAGGGGAAAUAGAGCACAGGAAAUAAUUAUAAAGUAUUGUGCUUUGCUUAUUUUUUUCAUGAACAAGCAUCUUAAGGGUUAUUUUAGCAUUAUAAAACCAUUUUAAAUUGGCAAAUAAUGAAAAAGCAUUUUUUGUAUGCCUCAGUGUAUAAGAAUUUACCCAAGGCAGAAUAUUUAGUUCCUAAUAUAGAUAUAUAUGAAAAUCUCCAACGGCAAAUUAUUCCGUCGGGAAAUUGUUUAAACCAGUCACUUAGACUGUCACCGUUAGCGUAUCAAGAUAAUGAAAUUUCAGUUAAAAGACUGUUUAAAAACCCUGGAAGGAUCGUCAAUAUAAAAAUUAAAACGGAUCCUUCCAAAGUUAAGUAUGCGAUCAUAGAGUUCGCAAGCCAUUCAGCUGCUAGAAAAACUUUGGAAAGUUUUCACAGAUGGGAAAAAUAUAUACAAAUUAGUAUUCAUUAAAAUUAUUUUAGUGCUUAAAGCCAAAACUUCUUGUCUAGCCAAAUUGUAAUUAUCGAAAAUAGUGAAAUAAAAGUAUAAUAAAAUGGAUUAAAAAAUCUUUAUUGGAUGCCUCAAAUAUUAUUAAAGGGUAUAAAAUUGACUGGCUUUCUGUUAGCGGAGAAGUUGUAGCUCCUGUUAUACAUCCUUAUCAUAAGCGUCCUGAUGCUGGAGUCAAAAGAAGUAGCGAUAGCCAACAUCGACAUAUUAAAAUGGCGUGGUGAGCCAAUAAACUCUUUAUUCCUGUAGAUAAGACUCAACAGAACUUAAGGAAGAUGGGAUGGGCGUUCGGGAAUCUGUGAAGCCAGCUGCAAGAUUUACUUCAAAUCUUGAUUUUUGCCUCAGAGAAAGUUGGAAAAUGAUCUUUCAGCAGUGCUAGAGAUUGCUGUCCUGGCCAAUCGGACUUUUUCCUAGCGUGAAAAAAGAGUUGUCAAAUUUCCAUUUUGGCUGAGAGUCGAUCAGAAAGCUCAACCAUUUUUAAUCUUCCAUUGUGAGCAACAUUAUUGAUGAGCCACAUGGCGGCACAAAAUAUCUAACUGCCUAUUAGUGAGUCAAUCUCUCUUUCAGCAAGAGCUAGUCGAGCAAGUUUGUGUACAGACUUGUAAGAAAGUGGGGAAAAUUACGAAUGGAGAUGGUCCUUCGGGAACUGCAGUAGGCUUUUCAAUAAGUUUAAUAAUGAAAAUUGCCAACAUCGAGAUUAUGCUUCUGGUAGGAUGAAGAAAGAAAAAGUAGAAGAACUUAGCAUUGCUGAGCAGCUUUUAGGAAGAGAUUUAUUUGCUAUUUUGUAA